AUAUAGCGAUUCUUACAGGUUGGGUUAGGUUAGGUUAGGGUUAGAGGUAAAAGUCAACGUAAGAAAAGUUAAACAUAUAGUUGACAUUUAAAGAUAAAAGGACGUUUAAAUUUUAAAUGGUUAAAUGAAAACACAUUGUAAUGGAUAUAAAACAAAAAGUCAUACAAAAAUUCAAUGCACAAUUUGGGUCAAAUUUAAAAAAUCUCGAAGAAAUCUACAAUUUCCAUCAACAUCUCCAAGUAGAAAAGGAUGAGAUUGAAAAAUCAUUAUCGUUGACAUCUACCACUACUCCUUCCAAAGUAAAAGCAUUUGUUGAAAAUAUAGAACAUAUUAAUAAUGAAAUUGAACAGUUGCGUGACACUGCUGCCGAUCUUGAAAAAAAGUUUGAGGAAACGUUCAGUGAGAAUGAGAAAAAUUUACAACUGCAGGAAAUUAUUGACAAGAUAGGUCAAUUGGACAAGUCAUUGUCUUAUGCGUACUUCAUCAAACAUAUAGAGGAUAUCAGCAACGAAAUGGAAAUGUGCCUGUCAUCUGGUAAUGACGAAUCUAUGAUAAUUUUAUAUACAAAUUUGACAGACAUUACUUGUCAAUUGCAAACAUCUGUGUGUCAUCAUCUGGUCAAUUACGUUCACGAAACUCUGCAUUUUUGGCACAAUCUACUCAAAGAAAAUUUAUCAAAGGAAUACAAUGAAUUAUUGAAAACAUUAAAAUGGCCAUUUAGUGGAAGCAAUGCUGCCGCGAUAAAUGCAUCUUUACCAGAAUCAAUGAUAAGAUUUAAGAUACUUACAGAAUAUCUCUUUCACCUGCAACUACCAGAAGAUAUGGCAAAACCUGUGGUAACGUCGGUUCUUUUAACAGAUUUUGCACCAGUUAGUUUGCCGAUUGCCCUUUUAGUACGUCCUCUUCGACAAAGGUUUAUUUAUCAUUUUACAGGAGCUAAGUUGACAAAUCGUCAAGAUAAACCAGAAUGGUUUUUCACCCAGAUAUUAACAUGGAUCAAAGAUCACAUUCAAUGGGUGCAAAAGAACAUUCAACCUGUAGCGGAUUCUAUAAAUUUGAAACACUUGGAUACGAAGGUCGAAUUUAUGCGUGCUCUCGUUCAGUUGGCUGUUGAAAAACUUCAUUCCGAAUUACCUAUAGUGCAGUACGACGACAUCUUAUUCGCUCAUUUAAUAGAUGAAGCAUUAGGAUUUGAAAGAGAACUGCGAGAAACCUUGUUAUAUCCUCAGAGUCAACCAGCUACUGUUUUUGUUCUUACACAAGCUCACAUUUUUGUAAAAUGGAUUAAUAUGGAGAAGAAAUAUGCAACUGAAAAAAUGGAUGCAAUAUUAAGCUCAAACACAGCUUGGGAAAGAUUGGCAGGUCUUGAUAUAGAUGACAUGAAAGUUACCGAAUGUGCAGACGCUUUUCUCACACUACUCACCACAAUUUCUGAUAGGUAUAAACACCUGCCUCAACCUGGACAUAGAUUGCAGUUUCUGGAGUUGCAAUUAGAAUUAAUUGACGAUUGGAGAGUAAGAUUGUUACAAUUAUUACACGAAAAUCAUGACGAUCCGUUAACAUCACUCAUGCCGCAUAUUCUUAAUUCGCUACAUUACGUUGCAACAGUUUUGGAAGAGUGGGGUGUGACAGUUCACUUUCUACAGCUGCAGUUUUUCAAGAAGCAGUUUGAAGCUGUAGAGAAUGCUACUGACAGAGGUAAUGAUGUUACCGAAAGUAUUGGAGAAGUAGAGGGCACCGUAUUUGAUGAAGCUGUAGCUCUAUUGCAACGAUUAGAGAAGGAACUGAUUAACGAAAUCAGUGACGCGGUAGCAUUAGAUGUAAAGGCAAAAAGCAGAGCUUAUAGAACUGAUAAAUGGUUUGCAAUGCAGUCUUCGAAAGAAGUUGCUUCACUGUCGAUAACGCCAAGCGGUUGUCCCAUGUUCCAAGAGUUAGCAGCGCGUCUUCAUAAUAUGCACAAUGCUCUUGCCUCACCGUUAUUUAUUCAAGCUUGCAAAACUUUGGCUGCUCACUUUGAUCAAUUUCUUUUCGAGGAAGUUGUACUAGUUAAUCAUUUCAAUAACGGCGGAGCCGAGCAAUUGCAAUACGAUAUUUUGCGGAAUCUAUUUCCGUUAUUUGGUCUUUAUAUCGACAAACCAGAAUCACACUUCCCGUUAAUCAAAGAAGCGUGUAUACUUUUAAAUGUGCUAAUAGGUUCAGCCAUGUUGCUUCAAGAAGCAUUAAAGAAUAACAAUGAAAAUACAUUAUCAGAAAUUUUAGCAGACAUUGGAGUGCACAAAAUGUCUCCUGAGCUCGCUUUAAAAGUAAUCGCGAUGAGAACCGACAUUUGUGUAUAAGAAAUUGUGUUUUUCAACAUGUUCCGUAAAACUGAAAUUUACUCUAUGUAUUCUAAAUUAAACGUUAUAAUUUGUAUUUUUCUGUAUAUAAAUUAUUUCAACUUG